AUGGUGGCACCGGAGUGCUGGUGCUGGCCGCUGCCGGCGUGGCUCGGCUCCGGCGCGACGUGGUUCGUCCUCCUGAACGUCGUUGUGGGCGCCAUCUUCGUCCUUUCCUCGCGGGCGCAGCCGCAGUCGCCGUCGCCCCGACGCGGUGGUGGGAGCGGGAUCACGCGCAGGGCAUCCUCGGUGCUGCUGCAGCGGCUCCGGUCCUUCUCCACCUUCUCCUACUCGUACCCGGGCUUCGGCACGGCGGCGCCGGACUCGCCCUGCUCGCCCGCCACCUCCCGUGGAACAGAGGAGGCCGGGACGACGACGCCCAGAAGGUCGCCUUUGACGCCACGUGCAGCCGCACCAAAGGCCACGGCGGAGCCAACUACACCGGCGGCGAAACAGGAAGAGGACGAGGAGGAAGCGAACUCCAUGAGCAUGGACGACGUGUACGCGCUGGUCCUGGCGGGACGGCAGCGGCCGCCGACGACGCCGACGGAGGAGGAAGCGGCCGGGUCGGAGGUGGACGCCAAGGCGGAGGAGUUCAUCCGGGGGUUCAAGGAGGACCUCAGGCAGCAGCGCCUCGACUCCAUCUUCAACUACACCCAGAUGCUCAAGAACCGUGCCGCCGGCCGCCGGCAGCCUGUACCAGCGGCAGGCACCAAUCAUUGAUCACAUCGUCGUCCCAUCCUCACGUGAUCGCUGAAG